AUGAGUGCUGAAGCCGUAGCUGAGGAGCUAUGUGAAUCAGUGGCAGCUAGUCUUGACGGUAAAAAGUUGCCAUGGUUCACGGCAAUAUCUUCUGCUGUGCAGGCAGCAAUGGAAGAAGCACUUGUUCGUAUUUUAACUCCUACUGUGGACUCUUCUCCUAUACUGAACCCGCGGAAGAAUCUGCCCAGGAAACCAUGUGUUUUCGCUUACAUUGACACCACAGGAGAUUGGAAAGCAACCAGUUCGGUUAAGGCUGCUUGUCGGCUCCAGAAGGAACGGAAGAACAGCGUUAUUAUGGUGGCCGACCGUGAUACAUUCCGGUCAGACACUGUUAUGCAGUUGCGUAGAGAUGCAUGGAAACUCCAGCGGAUUCCUAUUUUCGAGAUGCGGCAUGAGAAGGAUCCCACAAUUACCAUAAAGAAAGCAGUCCAGGAGGCCAGAGACGAUGGUUCGGAUGUGGUUGCUCAUGCAGCCAGUCCAAAGCAGGCGGCAACUGUGCUGGCGACGGCGUACUUAUCCGGAGCUAAGGUCAUUUUACGUGGCGUUGGGAAGCCGUACACAGGAGAGAAGCACACAACCAGAAAGCUUGUCAAGAAACUCUUCAAAUGA